UAAAUCAUCAUUCAGAUGUAUCACGAGAUAAUUGCAGUGCAAAAAUAUGUAAACAUCCAGAAGAAAUACGUAAUAAUGCAGAAGAAACGCAGCAAAAUAAUUCAAUUCACGUUCCAUAUCAACAGUUUAGAAACUGUGCACAGCCACAAGGAAUCUAUUAUCAAGAUGUCAACAUUCCUACAGAUGGAAAUUGUUUCUUUUUUUCUAUAAUAAAAAUUAUGAAUCUCUCAAUGUCACCUUUACAAAUAAGGCAACAACUACUUGCUUCGCCCUUCGUCAACUCAUGCAUCAAUCCAAAUGGUGCAAGGUCAAUUCUCAGCAGUGAAACAGAGUAUGCAGAAAUGGAUUGUAUAGAAAUAUUUGCUAAAGUGUAUAAUCAGAAUGUUUGUGUACAUAAUUACUAUGUUAACAGUAGAACUAACAUAGGAGAAAUGCAAUUCCUUCAUUUCAGAGUCAAUGACUUGCAAAAUUUCAUACAUUUACAUCUUCGAAACGUACAUUUCACACCAUUAAUUCAAGUUGAAGAAAUGAAUAUUAAUAAUAUAGCAGAAAAUCAACGUACAGAAAAAAUAUCUUCCCUAACAUCGUUCGAUGAUGAACUUAGUGGAGAUGAUAACGAUGAACAUGAUGCUGAUAUUGCUACUUUCAACGUAGGAAUGAACGACAUUAAUAAUACAGUUCCAAAAUAUACAAAAUAUUAUGAAGAAAUCCUUGGUCAUCUGCAAUUUUAUAAUAUAUUCAAAAAAAAUUCUUUUGGUCAUUCUUGUGCUGUUUGCGAUAGACUUUGGUGGAAAAAUGACUUAAAAAGUACUACUGGCGUACAUGAUGAUAUUCUACAAUUGAUAUUGCUGAAUUACGUACGUGGUACUACUGUCCAAGUAUGCUCUACGUGUAAGAAGGCUAUGGAUAAAGGAAAAAUUCCACUACUAUCAACGUACAAUGGUUUUUCAUUUCCGAUAAUUCCACCACAUUUGCCAACAUUGAAUCUUAUUGAGCAGCGACUUAUAUCACCGAGAAUUCCCUUCAUGCAAAUAAGGAGACUUAGACAUGUUAACGGUCAAUAUGGCAUUUACGGACAAAUUAUUAAUGUUCCUGUAGAAGUUGAUACAAUGGUGAACCAAUUGCCAAGACAUAUUGAAGAUGAUCACUGUUUUUAUGUCCACAUUAAGAAGAAAUUAAUCCACAAAACUAGUUAUGUUCAUGGACUUAUUAAUAAAGGACACAUUAAACAAUGGUUAGAUUAUCUAGUAACAACUCCACUUUAUAUUCAUGAAAAUAUAACAAUAAACGAAGCAAAUCUAAAUUCUUAUCAAAUUGAUGCAGAAAUGGAAAUGGAUAAUAUAAGUGAACAUGUUCAAAUGGAAGAUAAUGUCACAGCUCAACAACAAACUCUUAUGUGGGACGAGAAUAAAAUGUUGCACAUGGCACAUAGUGUUUUGUUUGAUAAAUAUGCCGAAGAGCUUUCAUUUCCAAAUAUUUACGGUGGAAAAUUUCGAACGUAUAAAGAUGGAUGCAAUGUUACUUCAUUUAUGCAAGCUACCAGUGAACUUAGGCGUACAGAUCGCCGUGCUACUGACCCACAACAUCUUCUGUAUGUAGCGGCGAAAAUCAUGAGACAGAGAGUCAGUAGUUCUGUUAGUGUUGCAUUUAAACAUGUUGGACAUGAUACUAAAAUUACUAAAGAGAAUAUACAAUCUGAAGAUUACAUUAACAGUUGUUUCGAAAGUAAUCUUGCUUUUCUUCGUUGUAUACCAAAUUCUGCGUGGUAUUGGGCAGACAGAAAAAAAGAUCUUUUCGCAACGAUGAGACAAUUUGGAGCUCCAACUGCUUUUAUGACACUUAGUGCUAAUGAAACAGGAUGGACAGAUUUGCUUAAAUUGUUGUACAAACUAAAAAAUAAUGGAGUAGAAAUUAAUGAUGAGUCCUUGAAAGACAUGUUAUAUGUACACAAAGCUCAAUUAGUAAACGAAGAUGCAGUUACUUGUGCAAUAUACUUUAAUAAGUUAGUAAAUUCUUUAUUGAGAAUAUUGGAGUCAAAAAAAACAGGAAAUCCAUUUGGUAAAUAUAGAGUGAAACAUUACUUUAAGAGAAUUGAAUUCCACCGUGGAAGUCCUCAUGCUCAUAUAUUUCUGUGGUUGGAUAAUGCUCCAGUCAAUUUAUUAAAUAACUCCAAAGAUUUUAAUGAAAUGGUUGAGAAAUUAGUUUCAGUAUCCGAAUCAGACGCAUCUGGAAAUAUUAAACUGCAAACACAUAAGCACACAUUCACAUGCUAUAAAAAAAUGGAUCCUAAUAAAAAAGAUAACUGUAGAUUUGGAGCACCUUUUUUACCGUCACGUAACACAAUAACAUUAAUGCCAAUGAAAGACACAGAUUCUGAUUAUUCUGCAGAUCAGUUUAAAGAGUAUAAAAGACAUUACCAGUUACUUAAAACUAAUUUAGAAAAUUUUGAUUACGACAAUUUUGAACAUUACUAUACUCAUAAUAAUAUUGUUUCCGAUGAACAUUAUUAUAACAUUAUCCGUGCUGGUAUAGUUCGACCGAAGUUGCUUUACCGGAGGACGCCAUCUGAAAAAUGGCAUAAUACUUUUAACCCAUUUGUAUUUUGUUGCUUACAAUCUAACAUGGAUUUUCAAAUAAUUCAAGACGAAUAUGCCUGUGCUGCUUAUGUAGUUGAAUAUGUUAAUAAACAUAAUAGAGGCAUAAGUAAUUUACAACGGAUGAUUAUUCAAACUAUGGACGAGAAUCCCGAAUUUGAUAUCGUAGAUAUUACAAAGAAAUUAAGUAUUGAUUUACUUAAUGCUGUGGAAAUGCCUGCACAAGAAGCAGCUUGGUAUUUAUUACGCGAACCAAUGGCUAAAUCAUCUGUACCAACAGUUUACAUACCAACGAUAUACCCAACAGAACGUCAGAAAAUAAUAAAAACCUUAAAAGAGCUAAGUGAUUUAGAUGAUGACUAUACAAAUAUAUGGAAGGAAAAUUGGUUCGAUAAGUACGAAAAAAGGCCUGAAAUUCUUGAAAAUGUAACAUUAGCUCAAUUUGUUGCUAAUUAUAGUAUGAGAAAACACGGAGAGUACUACAAAAGAAAAAUGUCUAGAGUUAUUAGAUACCAUAACUAUGAUAUGGCUAACAAUUUCAACGAUUAUAGACGAGAAAUGGUGUUAUUACACAUUCCUUUUAGAAGUGAAGAUAAUGAAGUUCUUGCUGAAAAUAAAUUCAUUCAAAUUUAUGAAGAUAAUAAAAACUUGAUUUUAGAACGUAGGAAAGAGUUUGAAUGUAAUUUAGACCUAGAAAAAACACUUGAAAUUUGUAGACAGUUAGGUAGAGAUGAUGACAAUGAAGACGAACAGUUGCGAAACGAAGCUAAUGUCAAAUUUGAAGAAGAUCCAUAUUAUGCAAGAUUACUACAGGAUGUUAAUUCUGACGUUAAUGCUGAUAUACGAAAUGCUACACUCAGCGAACUUGGUGCUAUUGCAAUAAAAAGAGAAAAUACAAUGGAUACUCAACAAUUCUACGACUUAAUGAGGUCGGCUAACAGUGAGCAAAAAGAACUUUUAAUGCAUAUUAUAUCUAAUCUUCAAACACAAAAUCAGCAACCAUUUCAAGAUUUAUUUUUUUCACUGGUCCAGCAGGCAGUGGCAAGACUUUUGUUAUUAAACUUAUAAUGGAAAUCUACAAUAGAUAUAUUGACAAUGAUGGUUACUGUAAUUCGUAUAUAGUUUGCGCAUCUACUGGUAAAGCUGCUGUGGCAAUUGAUGGUACUACGGUUCAUACUGCUCUUAAAAUUUCGAUUUCUAAACUAUUGCCAUUAUCAUCUGAAAUGUUACUUUUGUACAGAUAUCUCUUUUAGAUACGUCAAAGUAUUGAUUAUUGAUGAAAUCAGCAUGAUCAGCGCAGAACUGUUAGCCAAAAUUGAUUUGCGCUUAAAACAAAUUACUGCAAAUCAUAAUGUUGAUUUUGGCGGCAUUGGCGUCAUUUUAAUUGGUGAUUUACGCCAGGCUCCACCAGUAAGGGCAACAUUUCUCACGCAAAGUACACGCUUGUCGUGGAGUUGCGGAAAACUGAGCCCCUACUACUAACUAAGGGCAACAUUGAUAUAUAAACUUAUUAAAACGAGAAUGGUUGGUCUACAUUUAUGGCAAGGUCUUACAUUUUUUGAACUAACGCAAGUCAUGAGACAGGCUAAUGCUGCAUUUUCAUUAAUACUUACAAAGAUUGGCAAUGGCGAAGUUUUGGAACAGUUUCAAUUAGAAAUUAUCGAAUCAAGAUUUUUCAAAAAAGAACAAACUCGACAAUUAAGUCCUCAUGGUGUUCGUUUAUUUUAUACUAAUGUCGCUGUAGACAGUUACAACAAUUCAAUUUUGCAAGAAGCUCCAGAUAAGGUCAUCUCAAUAGCAAAGGAUAUAAUAACUGGAACUAACAAUCAACAAGAAGGUUCUUUUAGAUUACAACUACACAAAAAAUCUGUCAUCGAUUCUGGGGGAUUACCUUACCAAAUCACUUUUGUAAAAGGAAAGUAUUAUCUUAUCACAACAAAUAUUGAUGUAAGUGAUGGAUUAGUUAAUGGUGCCGUUGGUAAAUGAAUUCACCUAGACUUCAAUGAGGACAACGUAGUUUGCAGAGUUUGGCUCGAAUUCUGUGGAUCAGCAAAGGUUGGACAAAAAGCAAGAAAAAAAGCUGCUUUACUAGCUGUCCAAAGCAAAGUUAAUAAUGCUGCUGUACCUAUUGAAUGGCGAACAUCCAACAUAACCAUGACAAGGAAUAAAGCAGUUACUGUUAAAUGUAAACACUUUCCCAUAAUUUCUGCUUGUGCUAUGACUAUUCAUAAAUCACAAGGUGGAGCAUUUGAUCAAAUUGUUUACGAGUAUGACAAAAUACAUCCACAACAACUUGUUUAUGGUGCUCUCUCUCGUGUAACAAGCAUCGAAGGUUUAUUUAUCGUAACAUUUGAUGAUGAUGUAACUAAAUUUCGAUUUCAUCAUAAUCGAGUACAAGCUUCAUCAACAAUAUCUCUAAUACAAGAGUUUCAGAGAUUGUCAUUAAAUAAGCUUGAAACGAAGGCAAAAUCUGUCAUUGAUUUCAUUACUAGAGAUAAAGGCAUUUCAUUGUGUACGUUCAACGUCCAAAGCCUUCGUAAACAUUCAGUUGAUUUAAUAGACUCUGUUACAGAAAAAACGAACAUUUUGUUAUUAUCAGAGACAUGGUUGGACAAUCGAGAAGAAUGUGAUAUACCGAAUUUUAAUUGUAUAACCCACUUUAAACGUGAUUUUGUUCGUUCAGAUGGAGAUGCGAUAUAUCACAACAUAAAUGAUACGACCAAUCUUGUAACACCAAAUAUGUCGGUCAUAAUGAACAAUAUUCAGGACUUGCACGUAAGACGUACAAGUGUUGCAGAUUUAUGUUCAGCAGAGUGUGUAAUGGAAAACGGUGUUACCUUAAUCAUGGCAGUCAUAUAUGUCUCACCAAAUAACAAAUUAAUAGAUAUUCAGGAGUUCAUUCAUCGAGCAUUGCUAGAGUAUUCUAAAGAUGUAUCUCGAACGCUUAGCAGAUACAACAAAAAUUUAGAUAAAGGUCCACUCAUUUUAGCCGGUGAUUUUAACAUCAACUUCAGUAAUGAAAAAUCAAAACCAUUGCUACAGAUUCUAGAGGAAGAAUUUGAUUUAAGAAUUAACAAUAAUCCAGCAGAAUCAACAACAAAAUAUAAUACUACCAUUGAUGUAAUUUUUUCAAGACAUUUAAAUAAAAUAGAAUCCCAAACAUAUGUUUCCUACUUCAGUUACCACAAGCCAAUUAUUACAAAAA